UAGCGAGGCCUUGAAAAUUAAAAGGAGGAACAUGCCCUGCCUGCACAUCAUCACCAAUCUUAACUUAGAUGGAGUUGACACUAACCCUGUCUUUUCUCAACUCACCACUGCUGUCUCUACUAUCAUCGGAAAACCUGAAAAGUUUGUGAUGGUGAUACUGAAAUCUUCAGUGCCAAUAUUAUUUGAGGGUAACAAGGAAGCAGCAGCAUAUGCUGAGAUAGUUUCAAUGGGUGGCAUAGAUUCAGAAGUGAAGAGGAAGCUGAUUGCUACCAUUGGAACCAUUUUGCAGUCCAAGCUUUCUAUCCCAAGAACACGAUUUUUCCUCAAAGUCUUUGAUACCACUGCAGUUUCUACCAAAUCCAAAAUGUAAUGCUAUCUUUCACAUUCUCACAAGCUUCCUGUAUUAAUUUUCUCAUGUUGUGCUUUUAAUUUGAAUAACUAUGUAAUGUUAUUCCCCAAAUUCUCCUACAUUCUACUCUUCUUUAUUGAAAAAUCAAACAAAGACAAGUUUUAUUCAAUGAGUAAAGUAUACAAUCCACGCAA